CGUCAAACAUGGCGGCCGCCUGUCACUGCACACUGCUCCGAAGGUUGAUGAUCAUUUUCUAGAUUAAAUUAAAAAAUAUAAGUAUUAAUACUCUGUAAACAUGCUGAGCAGGUCGAUUAAAGAGGUGUCUUUGGCAUUCAGGGAGGGAAGAAUCUCCCCAACAGAGCUGUGCAAGAAGUGUCUGGACCGCAUCAAGAAAACACGGCAUCUCAACGCCUACAUCACUGUGACGGAGGAGCUGGCACUGCGGCAGGCUCAGCAGGCAGAAGCCAGACUGCUGAAAGGUGUCCCCAAAGGUCCUCUGGAUGGGAUCCCAUUCGCUGUUAAAGACAACUUCUGCACAGAGAAUGUCAGAACCACGUGCGCUUCACGUAUGCUCAUAGACUACACUCCACCUUACAAUGCCACAGUGGUCCAGAAGCUCCUUGAUCAGGGCGCUGUGCUCGUGGGGAAGACCAACAUGGACGAAUUUGCAAUGGGUUCGGGCAGUGUCGACGGCCUCUUCGGUCCGGUGAGGAACCCCUGGAGCUACGCCGCUCCCUACAGAGAGCGCACGGGGGCGUCGCCCGACUCCGACUGGGUGAUCAGUGGCGGGAGCUCAGGAGGGAGCGCCGCCGCCGUGGCCUCGCUCACCAGCUACCUGGCUCUGGGCUCAGACACCGGCGGCUCCACCCGUAACCCCGGGGCGCUGUGCGGGGUGGUGGCGCUGAAGCCCACCUACGGCCUGGUGUCCAGACACGGCCUCAUCCCGCUGGUCAACUCCAUGGACGUCCCCGGGAUAGUGACGCGCACCGUCAGCGAUGCAGCCAUGGUCUUAGGUAUUCUCCAAGGUCGUGACCUUCGAGACUCGACAACAGUUCCCACACCGUCACCAUUCACAGAGCUCCCCGAAGACUUUGACGUCAGAAACAUCCGCGUGGGCAUCCCGAAGGAGUACCACGCCCCGGGGCUGACUGCGGAGACCCGAGCUCACUGGAGUCGUGUUGCCGACUGGUUCGAGCGAGCGGGGGCCCGGGUGGAGCAGGUGUCCCUCCCCCACACCCAGCACUCCAUCGUCUGCUACCACGUCCUGUGCUGCGCCGAGGUGGCGUCCAACAUGGCCCGCUUCGACGGCCUGGAAUACGGCCACCGCAGCCGGACGGACAGCUCCACGGACGCCAUGUACGCCUCGUCCCGACACGAGGGCUUCAACGACGUGGUGAGGCGCAGGAUACUGUGCGGGAACUACUUCCUGUUAAAAAAAAACUACCAGCACUACUUCGUGAAGGCGCAGAAGGUGCGUCGACUCAUCGCCGACGACUUCAGGCGCGUGUUCGCCGCGGGCGUGGACGUGCUGCUGACGCCCACCACGCUGGGCGACGCCGCCCGCUACCACGACUUCACGCAGGAAGACAACCGAGCGCGCAGCGCGCAGGAAGACGUCUUCACCCAGUCGGCCAACAUGGCAGGCCUCCCCGCCGUUUGUGUGCCCACGGCUUUAUCGCGCCGCGGCCUCCCCAUUGGCUUACAGCUGAUAGGCCCCGCCUUCCGAGACAGAGAGCUUCUCGGGGUGGCCCGGUGCAUGGAGCGGAGCGUUGGGUUUCCCUCCAUCGGAGACUGCGAGCGCUCCGGAGCGAGCGGCGACGAGACGGGAUUAACGCAAACGGAGCAGACGUCAGUCGCGUGAAGGAGCGGACGGACACAAAGAGGAUCCCCCAUGAUCCCCUCAUCAGGACAUUGUUCAAAGUGGAUGAGAAUCAUCAGCUUUACUUAUCUAAAAGCCGUGCGUGGUGUGGGUGUGAAAGUGCACCAGCCGCUUUCAAAUAAACACAUUCUGUCCAUGAAACGUUCCGUCUUUCUGCCUCUUGAAAAGCAGAUUCCCUCACAGCUACUUCAUGAAACACAGUCACAUUUUGUGCACAUUUUGUCUUCAUGAGAUGUGAUUGUUGCCAAACUGUAAGAAGAAAAUCAAUAAAGAAUCUCAUC